GGAAUAGCGAUGGCGACAAUGACAAUGAUGGCGAAGAGGUUUGUCAUAGCGGGACUCUUAUGCAUCUGUACAUCCAUCCGUCCGUCCAUCCGUCCAUCCAUCUAUCCAUCGACCAUGUCCGCAUCAAAAGCAGCUCAAAACUUGGCCAGGUUUGCCACUUCAUCCGCCUCGACCGGCAACUACAAAGUCUUGGUCAUUGGUGGUGGUACCGGAGGACUUGCGGCUGCGAACCAGGUAUACAAUCUCUUCAAAUCUCAAGGUCAGACUUUGGCUUCUGGUGAUAUCGCUAUCGUGGAUUCGAAUCCUCAUCACGACUACCAACCUGGUUGGACAGUCGUCGGGUCAGGAUUGGCGACCAAGGAGGAAUUCCGUCGACCCUUGGCUUCUUUGAUCCCGGGACACAUUGCGCAAGUUCACGGCCGAGCUGCUGCUUUUGAGCCACACAACAAUCGAGUCAUUCUGGAGGGCGGCCUCAGAGUGGGGUAUGAUUACUUAGUCGUCGCUCCGGGCCUCGAAAUUAAGUACGACAAAAUCAAGGGACUGUCGUCUGCUCUUGCCGACCCUUCAUCGAGCAAGGUCUCCACGAUAUACUCCUACGACACGGCCGACAAGACAUUCGACUUGAUCAAGGCGCACAGAGGGAAAGGUGAAGCCAUUUUCACCCAGCCUUUCGGUCCAGUCAAGUGUGCAGGAGCGCCCCAGAAGAUCGCCUAUAUGGCAGACUCGUACUGGAAGGAUGUCGCGAAAACACCCUACCACUCGACCUUUGUCACCGGUAUGCCAACCAUGUUUGGUCAGCCCGACUAUUCAAAAGUCCUGAACACCCUGAGACAGGAGAAGGGGAUUGAUGCGGCGUUCAACCAUAAUCUUGUUGAGGUGCGAGGACAGACCGCGGUAUUCGAGGUCUUGGCCGGAGACAACAAGGGCAAAAAGGUCGAAAAGCAGUUCGGCUUGCUGCAUGUCACACCGCCCAUGGGUGCAUUUGAGUGGAUCAAAAAGUCGCCAUUGGCAGACGCGGCCGGUUGGGUCGAUGUGGACGCAGGCACACUUCAGCACAAGAAAUUUGAGAAUGUCUUUUCCCUAGGUGACGCCUCAUCGCUGCCGACAUCCAAGACUGCCGCCGCUAUCACCGCUGAGGCGCCCGUCUUGGCCCACAACCUAGUCCACCACAUGCAGACUGGUCAAGUAGGGAACGCCAUCUACGACGGCUAUGCCUCAUGCCCUCUAUUCACUGGACGUGGGGAAUUGCUGUUGGCUGAAUUCAAAUACGGUCUUGAGCGGAAAGAGACGUUUGGCAGUCUGGUGGACCAGUCUAAGCCGAACAGGGCUUUCUAUCACUUGACAAAGGACAUUUUCCCAAGAACUUACUUCUCCAAGAUGACACAAGGAGAAUGGUUCGGACCGAGGACGAUCUUCCCACCGCAGUUCUGAGGAGCUCGGUCGCCAAUGCCGGGAUCGAUCCCUGGCAUGCGCGACAAUAGAGCUUCGAACGAUCUCUGUGGGCGAGUUUGACGGAGUGUUUUCAUCCGAAUGCGAAUACAGGAGAUCUCGAUUACAUAUGUAUAUUGGUCAAUGACAG